AUGUCUUACUACCAGAACCCCCGCCAGCUGUCCGGCUUCUACGGCGACCUCUCCACAGCCGGCCCAAGCGGGCUAUCGAUGGCCGGCUACGACCCUUACGCCGUGAAUGCAGUGCCUCCGCUCCAGAUCCCGACAGCCGGCACGGCGAUGGGCGGACCCGUGGGAGGGCCUCUCCCGACUCAGCACCGGGCCUCAUCCGGCGCUUGGAACCAAGAAGAUGACCGGACGCUCUUGGCGCUGCGCGCAAUGGGCAAGAACUGGAACCAGAUCCAGCGGGAAGCCUUCCCGGGCAAGACGGGCAACGCCUGCCGCAAGAGGCACGAGCGGUUGAUGGAACGCCGCGGCCAAAACGACUUUGACACCCGCAAGCUCGAGAGGUUAUGCAAGGAGUACAUGAGCAUGCGUAAGGAGAUCUGGCAGCCUCUGGCCACGCGGUGCGGCGAGAAGUGGAAUGUUGUCGAGGUGCAGUGCAUGUCCAACGGCCUCAAAAACAUCCAAUCCCAUGCCCGCGCAUAUGCUCGUCGCGAGCGUCUCGAGUCGGGACAGCCGCUGACCGGCUACGACGACCCCGAUGGCGCUCUGGGCUGCCUCACGCCCGUCGACGACGUGGACGUCGCGGACCAGUCCUACAGCUCCCCCGAGACGGGCGGCUCGACGACCGGGCCCCACUCCACCCCCGGCGGCAGCUCCGGCUCGGCCGGCUCUGCGGGCUCGCACGCCGCCACCUUUGCGAACCUGCACCACCCCCACCACCAGCACCACUCGCAGGCCGCUGCGACCUACCAGAGCUACGGCGGCUACGGCCACCAGCAGCAGCACCACGGCCACGGGUACAGCAACAGCGUCUCGAGCACAGGCACCGCGGGCGGCUACGCGACUGCCCCGCAGCAGACCGCGGGCGGGAGCCAGGGGACCAGCCCAUACCUCGGCCACGGCGGGCGACUGCCGAGCGUCGGAGACAUGGGCAUCGAUGCGAUCAUAAACCGGGGCCAAGGCAACUAA